UCGGCCCAAAGGGACCUUUUCGUAAUUCAAUACAACCAAACCAAAUGAGCCCUAAAUUACUCCAUUAAGGUCGCGGUCCAAAACCUUUCUGCUGCUGCUUCUUCUUCGCUCCUGCUACAAGGCGCAGCCUCCAUUUUUGCUCUGUAGCUUGCAUUUGGAAGAAUGGUGAGAGUCAGUGUAUUGAAUGAUGCUCUCAAGAGCAUGUACAAUGCAGAGAAGAGAGGCAAACGACAAGUUAUGAUCAGGCCAUCCUCAAAAGUGAUUAUCAAGUUUCUUUUGGUCAUGCAGAAGCAUGGUUAUAUUGGAGAGUUUGAGUAUGUUGAUGAUCACAGAGCUGGCAAAAUUGUGGUUGAACUGAAUGGACGGUUGAACAAGUGUGGAGUUAUUAGUCCUCGCUUUGAUAUUGGAGUCAAAGAAAUUGAAGGUUGGACUGCUAGAUUGCUUCCUUCAAGACAGUUUGGCUAUAUUGUGCUGACAACAUCUGCUGGCAUCAUGGACCAUGAAGAAGCUAGGAGAAAGAAUGUUGGAGGCAAAGUACUUGGUUUCUUUUAUUGAUUAGAGCUUUUGGGAUAAUUUUUGUUUGCUGCUUAGUAGUUUAUCCACCUUUUCCCAAUUUUCAGUUUAAAUAUUUAUGUUCAUACUAUUUUAUACUUGAGGUGAACUUUUGCUUUGGUUAUGGUUCAAGAAUUAAAGAUUAUGUUCUGUGGCAUCUGAGAUUUUGAGUAGUCAAACCUUAAGUUGUUGCCUGGCAAUUAUUGUGUGAUUUUUGUUCCCUUCUCAUGAGAUGGGCAAAUUCUAAACGCUUGUCUGCUAUGCAUGCGUAGAUCAGUUUGUUUUA